UCAAGAUGGCUGCUUGACUGAAGAUGCAUGAGGAAGCGAAUUUUCUAACUUUUCUGAUUAGAGUUUUUCUACUGAUUUUUAACAAUGCCUUUGAUAAAACUUAAACACAUUUSUUCAUUUAGCAGUGAGGAUACGGCUCAGCCGAGCUCGAACUUACUCAAACCAGAGACUUAUAGAAAAUGGAGGUGUGCAGAACCUGGAGAAAAACAAGCUGUAGUUGUCAUAGAGUUAGAGAAGGCAACAAAGAUACAUUCUAUCGACGUAGGAAACAAUGGCUCAGCUCUGAUUGAAGUGUUAGUAGGAAGAUCUUCAGAUGCAAGUGAUGCAUUCAAGGUUCUCCUCGUAACCUCAUCAUUUAUGAGUCCUGCUGACAGCAAGUCAUUCACAAACACCAACAGGGUCAGAAUGUUUGGUCCUGAGAAGUUGUCCAAACCAGUUGCAAAUGAGAAGUGGGAUAAAGUGAAAAUAGUCUGUACUCAGCCCUUUAACAAAAAUGAAAAGUAUGGCCUGUCAUUUAUUUCUCUUCAUUCUCCGCCAGAAGAUUCGCCAGGAAGGGGAUCUGAUAAACAAACACCAAAGAGGCUUGGAAGUUUUACUUUACGUGAUGAAGAGGAAGAUGACAUUAAGCCAGGAAGUUUAUUCUUUCARAAGAAAAAGAACAGCCCUCCAAUUUCAUCAACUGCAGCCCAAGUCAGAGAUGCUAAUGUAUCAUCAUCUAGCAUUUCCUCCUCUUCUAAAACAUCAGAAGUUGGUGGAAUGUUCAARAGCCGRCAACCUGUGGCCAGUAAACCUAGAGAUGAAAGAGAAAGAAAACCUCAAUCAAAACCUGUUAAACAGGAAUUGAAAACUGUCAAACAGGAUAAAMCUGUGUCAUCUARAACUCAGUCUCUUGGUGUUGACGAAUCAAGUAAGAGAAAACAUGCUGAUGGCAAGGAAAAACCUACUAAGGUGUCUCCACCUUCCAAGAAAGCAAAAAAGAGCAACCAUUCUACAGAGGAUGUCCCAUUUCAUCAUAUAAUGAAGAAUGUGGUGUUUGUGCUAAGUGGGUUUAAGAACCCUGAACGUGGUGAAAUUAGAGACAAAGCCCUUGAAAUGGGAGCCCAAUAUAAACCUGAUUGGAUGGCWGGAUGCACACAUCUAAUCUGUGCAUUUUCCAACACUCCCAAGUACUAUCAAGUCAAAGGAAAAGGAAAGAUUGUGACCAAAAAAUGGAUAUYAGACAGCCACAGGAAAAAGAGAAAACUGCCAACUAGAAAUUAUCAUCUUCCUGGUGAUACAAGCUCAUCAGAGGAAGGCAGCAGCGAUGAUGAACCACCAAGCAKACGACCAUUGGCUAGUAGACAUUCUACUGACACCUYUGAAGAUAUUAAGAAAAAGYAUUCAGAAGAUAAGGAAGAAAGACCUGUAGAUGUAAAUACUGGUGUCAAAAAUAGUUCAGAAACAUCAAAAGUAMAGAACGAUGAYGACAGUGAUGACACUGUUGAUGAAAUUCCACAAGAAAAAGAAAAAGUUGAAAAGGAGCCAGAAAGUGAUCAGGACACAGAAGAUGAGCUUGAAMGGAUGCAAGAGGAGAAAGAUGAUGAUGAUGAUGAUGAUAUUUAUAAUCUUUCUACUGAAGAUGAAGAAAAUGAAGAAGAUGACAAAAAAGAUGAAGAACAAGAUGACAGCUCUGGUCCUGAUGAGUUUCCUGAGCUCCCUGAUUUCUUCUCAAAGAAACAUUUCCUAUUGUAUGGAGAAAUGGACCAAUCCACACGUAGAACACUCAUUCGCUACAUUACAGCCUAUGAUGGUACUUUGGAAGACUACAURACAGAGUCUGUAGACUUUGUGAUUACAAAUGAAACUUGGGAUCAAAACUUUGAAGAUGCUCUGAGUGAAAAUGCUUCACUGGCUUUUAUCAAGCCCACGUGGAUCGUCGCUUGUCACGAGAAAUCAACUAUGGUUCCUUUUCAACCUUACAUCAUAUCACCCUCGUGAGCACGAGUAACCACACCCUCGCUCUUCUUCAAGCCUUACCAUAAGCUCUUUCUCAUACUUGGCUUUCAAUCUUUUUUCAUGAGCAAGUGUAACCACACCCUUGACUUUGUUCCAACUUUGUCAACAUCAAGGGUAUGCAACACCCAUACAAUAAGCACGUGUAACCACACCCUUGACUUUGUUCCAACUUUGUCAACAUCGGGUAUGCAACACCCAUACAAUAAGCACGUGUAACCACACCCUUGACACCUAAGGACAUGCAACUGUACUCUAAAAUAACUGAUUAUGAUUCUCAGUAAUAUGGAAAUGGUAAUAUAACGGCGAUAACGUCAAGAAGCAAUGUAGUACUGCAUUAAUUAAAAAAUAUACUCCAAA